GCUACGGAGCCCAAACCUGUCGGGCCGGUUUGUAGAGCCACACGGACGGAGAGAAGAAGGCUACAGAAGGAUGCACGGCCUGCCCCGUGCUGGUCCGAACUGUCCGCCGCCCGAGCCCGUGCUACCCACCCGCCCGAACUCAUGACGCGCACGCCGGGUCUCAUGGUGUCCCUGCUGGGCCUGAGCCUGGGACUGGCCCUGAGCAUGCCCGGAGCUGUGACAGCCGACUGUGGGUCCCUUGGGCGCGUGGAGCACCUGGCAUUCGCUCCGGUGCCCAGGACACGAGAGCUGGCCCCUCUUAUCCGCGCGUCGGGGCCCCUGAACUCCCUCUACGGCACCGUGCGACGAUUCCUCUCCGUGGUUCAGCUUAACCCCUUCCCGGCAGAGUUGAUAAAGACCCUGCUGAACGACCCAUCUUCUGUGAAGACAGAUGAGGUGGUUCGGUAUGAGGCAGGCUACGUGGUGUGUGCUGUGAUUGCUGGCCUCUACCUCCUGUUGGUGCCCAUCACUGGGCUCUGCUUCUGUUGUUGUCGCUGGCGCCGGCGCUGUGGGGGCAGAGUGAAGACGGAGCACAAGGCCAUGGCCUGUGAACGUGGCACCCUCAUGACCUUCCUGCUGCUGACCACCCUGGUGCUGCUGAUUGGUAUGGUCUGUGCUUUUGCUACUAACCAGCACACACACAGUCAGACACGGCCCAGUGUGAAAGCUGUCCCUGAGACCCUACUCAGCCUAAGAGGCCUGGUCUCUGAUGUUCCUGAAGAGCUGCGGAACCUGGCUGCACAGUUCUCCGUGCCUCAGAAGCAAGUCUCAGAGGAGCUGGAUGGUGUUGGUGAGAAGCUUGGGAACAUAAUUCAUAACCGACUCAAGGGCACAGUGUACCCGGUACUAGCCUCAGUGCACAGCCUGGGCCAGGCCCUGCAGGUCUCCGUAGACCACCUUCGAGCUCUGAACACCACCUCAGUGGAGCUGCAGGAGGGUCAGAGGCACCUGGAACUCCCUGUGCAGACACACCGGGAAAGCCUGCUCGCCCUGCUUCAGGAGAACUGGUGCACCGAGAACUGCAAAAGAGCGCUAAGCCGGGCCAGUGCUCUGCAGCUGGGUGCCGACUUUAGCCAGGUGCCCCCUGUGGAUGAUGUCCUGCAUCGGUUGAAGGAUGUCCCAAAAGCCAACUUCUCCAGCAUGGUUGAGGAGGAGAAUGCCACCUUCAAUAACCUCCCGAUCCUGGUUCAAAUGCAGGCGGUCAGUGUGGUCAAAGAUGUGAAAAAGGCACUGGCUAAGGAACCUGAAGGGCUGAGGAUGCUGGCCCAAGCGUUCCCAGGUUCAGAGGCAGCCUCCCGCUGGAGCCAGGCACUGGAGAGGCUGGAGCAGAGCAGCCGCCCCUACUUGCAGGAGGUGCAACAAUAUGAGACAUACAGGUGGAUUCUGGGAUGUGUGCUGUGCUCUGCCAUCUUGCUUGUGGUGAUCUGUAACCUGCUGGGCCUCAGCCUAGGCAUCUGGGGGUUGUUUGCCAGGGAGGACCCCAGCCACUCUGAAACCAAGGGCGAGGCUGGAGCCCGCUUCCUCAUGGCAGGUGUGGCCUUCAGCUUCCUCUUCGCAGCCCCCCUCAUUCUCCUCAUCUUUGCCACUUUCCUGGUGGGUGGCAAUGUGCAGACGCUGGUGUGCCGGAGCUGGGAGAGUGGAGAGCUGUAUGAGUUCGCAGACACCCCAGGGAACUUGCCUCCAUCCAUGAAUCUGUCCUACCUUCUUGGCCUAAAGAAGAACAUCAGCGUCUUCCAGGCCUAUCGACAAUGUAAGUCAGGGGCAGUACUCUGGAAGGUUCUACAUCUCAAUGAUUCCUAUGACCUGGAUAAGCACCUGGAUAUCAAACAGUAUACCCACAAGAUUCAGCAGGAGCUUCAGAGCUUCCAAGUCGAUUUGAAGGAGCUAGACCUGUUGAGCCCCUCUGCCCGCGAGGACCUGGAGGCUUUGCAGAGUAGCGGGCUGGAGAAAAUCCACUACAGAGACUUCCUUGUGCAGAUCCAGAAGCCCGUGGUGAAGACUGACAUGUGGCAGCUUGCUCAGGAGCUGGAAGGACUGGCCCAGGCCCAAAAUGAUUCUUUACUGAAAGAGCGGCUACAGCGGCAGGCCAGAGAACUUCGAAGCCUCUACCAGGAUCAGGUUGUCCCCCAGGAGAGCCUUGUGACCAAGCUCAACCUCAGUGUCAGGACCUUGGAGUCCUUGGCCCCAAAUCUGCAGGUGAAUACCUCAGACUUUCUUGACAGUGUCGGCCAUCUAAAAGGAGAGCUGCCUGAGCAGCUCAACCACAUCCUGAGGAAUGCCACUGAGUGUUUCCUGACCAGGGAAAUGGGCUACUUCUCUCAGUAUGUAACCUGGGUGAAAGAAGAGGUGACUCAGCGUAUCGCCACCUGCCAGCCCCUCUCUACAGCCCUGGACAAUGGUCAUGUGAUCCUGUGUGACAUGAUGGCCGACCCCUGGAACGCCUUCUGGUUCUGCCUGGGGUGGUGCACCUUCUUCCUCAUCCCCAGCAUCAUCUUCGCUGUCAAGACCUCCAAAUACUUCCGUCCUAUCCGGAAACGCCUCAGCUCCACCAGCUCUGAAGAGACACAACUUUUCCACAUCCCCAGGGUCACCUCUCUGAAGCUAUAAAGCCCUACCGGGCAAGGUGAUCCCUGGGGACUUCCUGUCCUUCUUCCUUGUCUCAGCCUGGACCAGAAGACAUCUGUAACCUCUGUCCCAGAGCCCAGGCUGGCCUCUAGUGCUGGGCUGCCCCCUCUUCUUCUCUAGCUUACCCACUUCCACGUUUGCACUCUUUCUCCUUAUGACCCAAAUCACUCUCAGUCUUUACUGAACUACAGAGAUAACAGGUUCUUCUGCGUGUCUAGCCUUGUCCUCCUUGCUGUGGUAUCUCAGCAAUGGGAAAGGCCUCUUCACCACCUAUAGGGGUUCUUUCUUCAGCCUUUAUAUGGGGCACAGCCCCCUCCAUUUGCCCCAUUUCUUUCUCCCCUCUCCUAUCUAAGCUUCUUUCCCCUUGUCUAAGUUUGGUUCCCCCACCUGCUCUGACAUCCUUUUUGUUCCCUCCCCAGCCCGUUGCUUGCUCCCUCCAUGGAGGUCCUGCCUCCCCUCAUCCCCCCACCUUGUCCCCUCUACUUUGUCCUUACUGCCACCUUGCUGGCUCCUAGGCCUCCCUGCACAGAACAAACAUCAUGGUUGAGGUCAUGACUUCUGAGCUGUCUGCCGCUCUCUUCUGGAUCUCCUGUUCUCAGUGGGGCAAGACAGGCCUGUCUGAGGGCUGAGCUGUCUUGUUUGCGUCCUGGGUUAGAAACACCAGUGCUGGCUAUAUCUUCACUCUGAGCAUUGGCUCCUAAGAGAGAACCAGGCCUCUCUAGGGCGCCCCCUUUGCCUCACAAGCAGUAGCAUGGGUGGUCCCACUGUCUUCCCAGGAUGGAUCUGGUGGUAAGAACAGUGUCUUGCACUUCUCCUGCCAUCCUGCACAUAGGGUCUGGGAUUAUCCCUCAUUUAUCUCUGUAUGGCCCCUAUGUGCUGGGCAUUGGGUCCAGAAAGGACGAAGAAAAGAGAGACAAUAUGAACCAAUCUCUGCUCCAGUAGCAGGUUCUCACUUUCCCAUGCUUUGGUUCUGGGUCCCCGAGGCUGGGUCUCUAAGGCAAAAGCUCAGCAUUUGUGGGAAGAAUUCCAAGGCCUUUCUAACUGCAGGUGUCCUGGGACUGCUGUAGCAAUUCAGUGGGAGGAACAGAGCCUACCUUAGCCGUGUGAUUCACAGCCUAGUUAUAAUGCUGCUAGCUGGGGCACCUCAAACAUAUUACAUAGGUCCCCCAAACCCCUCGAUUUUUUUAUUAUAAAAUAGAGAGGCCCCUUGGCGCCUAUGUGUAGGGUUGUAAAGUCAAAUGUGGUGAUGGGGGGAAAUCCUUGAUAGGCCUGGUGCUGGACGAGUACAGUUCAUGCAGCCUGGGAGUUGAGAGCCAGGCUGAGGGCAGAGCCAGGGUCUGUUGUAAAGAGAGUGAGUGCCCUUUGUGGUGGUAUUCCUCCCUAUCUCUGGGCAUGUUGAUGUGGAAUUGCAUUAUGUUAUGAAUGUACAAGCACCAAUUUUGCUGCUCGGACUAAGGAUGGUGGUACCCAAUGUACGGAUGUACAAAGAUGCCAGCAAACACACUCUCAGACAGGCAUCCUGGGAUGUGCUUUCUCCCCCCGAGAGGUUGGAAGUUUUUGUUUUGCUGUUUGUUUUCAGUUGUUACUUGUUUGUUAACUUGGGGGUGAGGGAAGUGACACCCUGUAUUUUUUUAAACACAACUGAUUGGAUUUAAACAAAUGAAAUAAAAGCAAUGAAAAAUCA